AUGAUGUGGGUUCCUCUUUUCCUGUUGGCUCUUGUGCAUCUGAUCUGCGCCAGGCCAAAUGAGUGCAGUCAACAGAUAAGUUCAGGUUUGAACAUCAUAGAUUAUUCCUAUUGCACCAUGUCAAGGCUGUCCCAGUGGCUGGAUCAAAAGUUGGCAGAGCAUGCUGACACUGUGCCAGAUCCCGUUGCAGAUCCUGCUUUAGAGAAUAAGCGUCCGGAGCAACCACCCAUCAAGAAAGCUCUGAAGUCAUCAGUGCGCUUCCUCAGAAUCACAAACGCCACCCCAUCCUCCGACUUUAGGAAUACAAAUCUGGAAUGGAAGGCAUGGAACGGCUGGCUGCCGGAUGAAGCUGUGUCCAUCUACAACUCGUAUUCCAAACGCGUCGACUACAUCUGCAAAGUGAAAUGCCACUCAGGUUACUACGACUCCACGAGCGGAGACGAAGCCUGUGCCUACACGGCCGAUGGAUACGGAUACACCUCCACGCAGUUUGAUGUGCUAGUCAACAAAGACAACUUUGAGAUUCUGGAUUGGAAAGAGGGAGCCGACGGUUCAGUGACACCCGAUUCUAUCAAGACCUGCGAUAACGACGAUAUUUACGUCGGGAAGAAUGAGUAUGGACUGGGGGAAGUGAAGGUUAGCGAAAAGGUGUUCAACCUUCCCUGGGGUGGAAGCCGCUACUGGUACCGUACCUACAUGGUUCUGGAGUUACACAAAGACGUCAAGAAAGAGCACUUGAUGGAUGUAAAGUACCAAACAUCGGGGAUCACCCCGAUUGAGUAUCCGCCUGAGGUCUUGAACAAGGGUACAGUGUUCAACUAUAAUUGCCAACCCAUGAAGGUAACACGCACCCUCUCCAAGACCAUCACUUCGGCCAAAAAGUGGGAGAUCAACUUUUCCGUCACAGCGGGAGUCGGCACCACUAUCGAGACGGGAAUCCCCUUUAUAGUAAACGGGCAGAUUUCAUUCAGGGCUGCCUUCACCUACAAGUUGACCAAAAGUAACACGUAUACUGAGAGCAGCACCUACUCUCUGACACUAGACACCGAGGUGCCCAUCGGCCACUCGUGCACUAUCGAAAUGCGGGGGAAGAAGUACGCAUUGAACAUCCCUUACACUGCACGCCUCAAACGCUCUUACAGUAAUGGGGAGACCACGUGGACAACAGUCACUGGGACUUACAACAGCGUCCAGAUCUCAGAGGUGGAAGCUGACAUGGAACGUUGUGAACCUCUGCCUGAUGCUAAGCCUUGUUAA